GUGCUUCUGCAUGCCGAGGCAUCGGGUUCCAACAUUGAUUAGGAAAGGAUAACUCACGCCAUUGAGAUAUCUUGAUCUUUGUGGAGAGCUUUCUUCGGAGUUAGUAAUCUUCCUGAUAGAAGACAGUUUGAAAUAAAUGUUUAUCUGGAAUAUGGUCGUCAUCUCAAGCAUCUUUCAAGGGUUCUACUCUUUUCUUAAUAUACUGUAGGUUGUAUAAAGAUGGAAGACUUGCCUGAACUGUACAUGAUAUUACAAGGCGAGGUUGCAUCUGUAACAGAAUAUGGAGCAUUUAUUAAAAUUCCGGGUUGCAAGCGACAAGGUCUGGUCCACAAGUCGCACAUGUCAGCAAGCCGUGUGGAUAAUCCCUCUGAGAUUGUUGAUGUUGGAGAAAAGGUCUGGGUUAAAGUAAUCGGGAAAGAGGUACAGGUAAAGGAUGGCAAAGUCAAGCUUUCUCUUUCAAUGAAGGCUGUUAAUCAGGGAUCUGGGAAGGACCUCGAUCCAAAUAACGUUAUUCUUGACCAGGAUGAAAGAAGGAAGCGCAAGUUCAAAGAUUUUACAGGGCAGAAAAUAAAACUUGAAGCCGUUCUAAACACAGUUUGCAAAAAAUGUGGAUGUAAAGGACAUUUUGCGAAAGACUGCUUCAUGCAGCCUGGUGGUGUUAAGUACAGUCUCGUUCCUGAUGAUGAGGUGGAACCAGCUGACAGCUCCAGCCAGCCUGAAUUUCAGCCUCCAAAGAAGAAAAAGAAGGAUAAAGUAAAGAAGCAGAAGAAAAGUAAAGGCAAGCUGUCUUCCUCUGAUUCUAAUUCUGCUGAAUCGUCAGACUCGAGCAGUGAGGAGGACCGCUCAGCCCCCAAGGCACAUAAACAUUCGGAAAAAACUCAACGAUCACACAAGAAGAAAAAGCAUAAAAAGCACAAGCAUAAGAAAUCCAGAAAGAGAGAUUAAAUCUUGGUAUUUUGUUAAAGAAAACUGGAAAUCCUGCAUGUUGUUCUCAAGCUGUGUAUGGAAACCCCCACCAGAGAAGGCUGAAAUGAUGUGCUCCUCUUGUUUCUUAGUAAUUUACUCUUGUAUUUUCUCCCAAGUCUGAACCAAAUUUUGAAAUACACCAGAUGUGUUAUUUUGUUGCGGCGAAAGGCUUUUACAAAAUCAAACUUUUUUUUUAAAAAUUCAGUUUGUGUUUUGCAAAAUGGGUCAGACUGGUGAGUGGCUGCUCGACAUUGAAUCCCUUGACCCUGUAAUUGCAUUGGGUGAAAAUAACAUAGAAAUAACUUAACCCGAGUCAUUCAAAAUUCCUUUACCCAUAUUUUAAUGGAAACUGCUUAUUUUAAAUGAAAUAAUA